UUUCCUUCGAUGACUACACCCCGAUAGGAGGAGCGUGAAGAACGUAGUAGGCGUCAGAAUCCUCAAUUUACAACUUAGCAUCUUGGCAGGACAUUUUCCCAAGCAAAGCCCCCAUCGGAAGGCAAAAAAAGUUCUUCUGCACGGCAUGAGGCAGAGUGAGCAAGAGAGAGAGAGAGAUAGGAAAAAUAGAGCGUAGCAAGCAAACACAGCGGUCAGUUGUAGUUGACUAUCAGCGACUAAAAAUCUAUAUCUAAGUCUAUGUAUUUGUUUAUAUUUUUACUUUUUACAGCAAUCAUUUAGGGGGGAACAGACAGCGGUCUGUUGAUACGAGACUCCUAUGACUGAAAUCGGACAGUGCAUGAGAAAAUAAAGAGGAAAAGUGCGCAAGUAAGUGGCUUACUUUCGGGGCUUUCACCAUGGCGUAUCCUCAGGGCUACUUGUACCAGCCAUCCCCUUCUUUGGCGCUGUAUUCAUGCCCGGCGUACAGCACCAGCGUUAUAUCGGGACCCAGGACCGAAGAACUUGGUAGAUCCUCAUCUGGCUCUGCUUUUGCUCCCUAUGCCGGAUCUACCGCGUUCAGCAGCGCUUCGCCCGGGUACAACUCCCAUCUGCCGUACAGUGCGGAGGCAGGAGCGGCCGCGACAUUCGCUUCAUACGUGAGUUCUCCCUAUGACCACACGACGGGCAUGGCUGGGUCUAUAGGAUAUCACCCCUACGCUGCUCCCCUGGGUUCAUACCCCUACGGUGACCCGGCAUACCGAAAAAACGCGACCCGGGAUGCUACCGCCACUCUCAAAGCCUGGUUGAACGAGCACCGUAAGAACCCCUACCCCACCAAGGGCGAGAAAAUCAUGCUGGCCAUCAUCACCAAAAUGACCCUCACCCAAGUUUCCACCUGGUUCGCCAACGCCAGGAGGAGGCUAAAGAAGGAGAACAAGAUGACCUGGACUCCCCGAAACCGGAGCGAGGACGAGGAGGAAGACGAGAACAUCGAUCUGGAAAAGAAUGACGACGACGAGCCUAGCAAGCCGAAAGACAAGGGAGACUCGACAGACACAGAGUCAGAUCAUAAAUUGCUGAACCCGGGGGACAUAGUGUGCGACAGAUUUAAAGAGGAGAAUCAUGGCAAAGAAACGGAUCCCCUUCUGAGCGACUCGGAAUUAAAAGACCAAGGGGAUAGGACAGAGUUACUGCCCGAGUCUGCUAAACCUACCACCUCGUCUCCAUCCGCCAUGCCUCGGGGAGGAACGGAGCUCGUUGCGCAAGACAAGCCGUCAGAAAUUGGCCAUGCGCCGGGCACGGUAAACAGCAACGUGACGUCUGUCAUUCACUCCUCCCCAUCGGCCCCUAAACCCAAACUCUGGUCCCUGGCUGAGAUCGCAACGUCCUCAGACAGGUGUAAGAGCAGCAGCGACGGGCCGCAGGGCCAUGGGAUGGGUCACAGCACAGUGAUCACCACCAAUGCAGCGUCACCAUCAAGGUCCUCCCCACAGUGCCCUCUCCCAAACAGCACAGUCUUAUCCAGGCCUAUCUACUACACGUCCCCUUUUUACCCGGGCUACACGAACUAUGGCAGCUUUGGACAUCUUCACAGUCACAGCAAUCACGGCUCAGGCACGGGCUCCACGGCACAUUUCAAUGGAUUAAACCAGACUGUGUUAAAUAGAGCAGAAGCUUUGGUAAGAGAAAGCCAGAAAGGCAGAGGCCAAACGCAGGUAGAUCUUUGUAAAGACUCCCCUUAUGAACUAAAGAAAGGUAUGUCAAACAUUUAAUACCUUGAUCCCUUUCAAAAAUCCAUCGGACCUUUAUUUAUUAUUUGUGGUUGCAUUACAAAAAAUAAGAAAAAUAAUAAUAAUAAAGGAAAAUUCUGAGAACAGUUAUUUUCUGAGUAAAUGCUUAUCUUCAAAUCUUAGUUUCUGAAUGGUUAAUCCUAAUGAUGUAACAAGAAUGGUCUUCAUCGCUGCAGCCGCCUGAGUCUAUUUGUAUUAAAGACUAAUAUGUAUAUUUAAUGUAGCAUUUUUGUAUUUAAAAUGGACAAUACACUAUCUUUGAAGUAAAUUAUGAGAGAAAAAACUACACGUGUGCAGCGAUUAUUCUGGGGGGAGCGGAAGGGGGAGGCAACUGUUAUUAUCAAAUGUGUCAGAAGGGCUUGAAAGAGGAACACAUAAUGGAAAAUGAAAGAGAUAUUUAUCGAUGGGAUUGUGUUCUUUUACCCCGUGACAGGUGUAUCAAUUACAUUAUCGAUACAAAAAGAGCACUUCAGCUUUAUACAACAUGAAAACAUGUCGAAAUUUCACAAAUUCUCGAGUGAAAAACAGAUAGGCGUACAGCCUUUUAGGUCUACCCAAAUAUUUACAUUUUGGUGGGGUUUGGCCAAAGAAAUUGGCAAGAGUUUAAUGAAUAUAUGUAUAUUUCUGGCUCUGUUUCCUAUUCCUUUCUACAUGUGCAGUAGGAGGAUACUUAUGAAGGUGAAUAUGAUAACAACGGCAUAACUGGAGGCCCAGUCGUUUAACCCAAUUACUUUCCAACCGCAACGUGUUAUAAGCAAAGCAAUCAGGUGGCGAACUCCAGUAAUGAGUUCGAUUUUAUGCCAAAUUUAGAGCUCAUUACUAUUUCCAAGGCGUGGCAAAGCUGUUAAAAGGACGCAACCAUGCAUUUAUGGCUUCAGAGCACACUGGCCAGUUAUAUGAUUAAUGUUGGAGCCUCCUUAAUGACGCGUUGGAUGUGAAGCACUCGUGGUUAGGUUUGGAGAGAAGGAGGAUAGCAAGACUAGCAUGUCAAGCACACAGUAAAGGCCACAUAGUUUCCAGGGUUUAAUCGGUUUUGUCAAUAACCGAGCCUCUCACUGUCCUGAAGGCUCAAACUCUUCCUUCCCACUUCCGCAGGUAGGUGUCACACUUGCUCCUAAUUUCAGGGGUCUCAUUCUUAAUCCGUCACGGAAAGCCGUCCCUGAUCGAAUGGCCUAGUUAAAAUGGACCAAAGACUGGGAGGCAGAGAGAGAGAGAGUUAGAGGGAGAGAGAGAGAGAGAGAGAGAGAGAGAGAGCAACUUGAAAUGGUCACAGUUAUUACAUGUUUACUAUAACAAUACUGCCAAGUGGGAAAACCUGAAUAUUACAAUAUAUUAACAUGAGACAAACCAUUUCCUUUCCGGAAAUACAUUACCGUGGUGGAUUUUUGAGAGAGAAUUUUUUUUAAUGCGGCCUAAUCUUUGAAAUUUUGCUGAUUUGUAAGAUGAGACCAAUGCUAUCUUGAUUUGGCACAGAUAUUGAGAAAUGUUUUGAAAACAAAUCUGUUAAUUAUACUCGAUGUAUUAUAUUAUUACUACUAGUAAUAUUUGUUUUAUCAGGUGCCAAUUUUGUUUUGUUUUAUGAUCAGUAGUGAACCUUUAGUGUUUCUAGUAUCAUUAUAAUCAGUUGAUCAACACGGGAGUAAAUUAGCUCAUGGCUUCAUGGUAUUACUCCCAACAUUUCAUAUAUAUUCCUGUUUCUAUUUCUAAACAACUCAAUCUUUGUCUUGAUUAUUUCUAUUGGAAAAAUAUUGAAAUAGGCCUACGUUUAAUAAUUUAGAAUUAUCUCAAGUAAUAAUAAUAAUAAUAAUAACAGUAAUAAUGAACUAGUGAAGUGGGCCAGCUUGCUCUUGUUUACUGCCUUUCAUUAAUCUCUAUAGUUUACUUUCCGCACUCGAGUUGAAGCCUCCCCUGGGCUUUAUAUAAUUCCCUUAGCCCUAAUGUCCUCUAUUCCGAGUCACACGGGCGAGCGACUGGGGCUUCUAUUUUAAUCUCCCAGAGUAUGUGUGCUGCCUGGCCCAGUGAUUGCAACACAUCAUCCGGCUAAAUAGCAUAAUUAUGUUUUUCUUUGCAGAUCCCUCCAGGAAUUGAAGUGUUCGAUGCAAUGUCCCCUAAGAAGACAUCGUUUUUAUUUUAAAUAGGCUUUUUAAAUAGAAUAAUGUAUUUUUCAAAGGGCCAAUAUAUACAAUUUCAGAUACGUAAAUCAUCUAUAUUCAGCUUAGGUAAAUAUUGAAUUGUUUAGAAUCGUUUAUGUGUAACAUUUAAAGCGGUGACACAGAUACCCGAGUAUUCUGAUAACGCAAUUUUACACCGCUCUCUAUGAUUCGAGGAAUAUGAGGCAAAUGUUUGGAAAAUAAUCAUUUAUACUGCUAAAUUGGAUCUUCAGACGGACAUUGCAUAGCCCAUGGGCACGGAGUAAUAAAACAUGCUUGUCAUGUUUGUCUUCUGCACUGUCGAAAUAGCCCAAACGAUUUGACCACAUUUGUGAAAUAUCGUUUUGAGACGGAGUUGUUGUUUUUGUUGUUUCAGAGAUGUGCUGCUAUUUAGUAAUUCUCCUCCACGCAGUUUGUUAUUCAAAUCACGUCUAGAGGGACAGAGAAACAGGGCCUCUGUGGAGACUCAUUCAACAUAUUGAGUAUGUAAAAAAAUACAUAUAUUUAUUGAAAUAAAUUAUUAUGAUUAUUAUUAGGCCUAUUAUUAGUAUUAUUAUUAGCAACUGCGGCUAAAGACAAUAACACGAAUAUAUUUAAUCCAUAAAAAGGACUUUCCACAAUCUUAGUUUGAACACUGAUAAAAAAUGUUGAAAAAAUUAAAUCCACACUGCUUUUUAGCGUUGUAAUGCGUUCGUGCUAUCGAGAGUGAGACCACUGAAUCUGUCCAAAACCAUUGUCAGUCCUGAAUGCAUGGAACAGGGGAACUCUGCAAUGAUCUAGCGCAACUUUAUUCAACUUCUUUCUCCCUCCGGUCUCUCUUCCAGUUGAACGGCUCGCUGGCUCAUUGUUGGGAAGCGAUGCAUGGAUACAAUGUGAGAAUGCCAAGUGAGGUUGAAACAGUUCCCAUGUGUGAAGGAGGAAAAAAGCAUAACGAACCCAAUUGAAGAUGGAAAAGAAUAACCGAUAUAUAUUUUCGCUUUGUCGGGAUAAAGGAAAUAUUGACAUUUCAUCAAUGCAUUUACGUCUACAUUAGUUUAAAUCUGUAGGUCUGGAGGAGGACAAUAUUGAACUGUUAGACUAAUAAAAUAGGAUCGAAAUCUGCAUACAUUUGUUACAGUUGAGAAAAAUGUAUGUCUUGGGUCAUUUCGAUUUUCAAAAUCGAAAACACGUUUUGUCAAUGCAUGAAUGCAACAAAUAAAACA